CGUUCAUCCUCCGUCCAACUUGCUCUACAUACUUUUCCUUCAUCCUGUGGCCCUGCCAGGAAUGAUUGUCACCCAACGGGCAGCACAAGCUACUGAUCCCCUCUCAGUUCCUUCGAAUGCACCUGAACAUUGUCCAGGAACCGAAUCUGAGCAAGCCGGAAAGGCAGACGCUUGCAAUGGAUGUGCAAACCAAGAGAUAUGUGCCUCCAACACGCCCAAGGGACCCGACCCUGCUCUCCCGUUCAUCCGCGCUCGCAUGGCCUCCGUGAAGCGCAAGCUUCUCGUCCUCUCAGGCAAGGGCGGCGUCGGCAAGAGUACCUUCACCGCCCAGCUCGGCUGGGCCUUUGCUGCCGACGAUAGCACGCAGACCGGCGUCAUGGACGUCGACAUUUCAGGCCCGUCUAUUCCGACCAUCCUCGGUAUCGCCGCUGAGCAGGUCCACUCUUCUGCCCAGGGCUGGUCACCCGUAUACGUGCAGGACAACCUCGGCGUCAUGUCUGUCGGGUUUAUGCUUCCUUCGUCCAAGGACGCAGUCAUGUGGCGUGGACCGAAAAAGAAUGGACUGAUCGCUCAGUUCCUCAAGGACGUCGACUGGGGCGAACUCGACUACCUCGUCAUCGAUACCCCACCUGGCACAUCCGACGAACAUCUAAGCGUUGUUCAAUACCUCAAAGAGAGCGGGAUCGACGGUGCAAUUCUCAUUACUACGCCUCAAGAGGUGGCUCUGCAGGACGUACGAAGAGAGUUUGACUUCUGUCGCAAGGUUGGAGUGAAAGUGUUGGGUCUGGUGGAGAACAUGUCAGGUUUCGUAUGUCCAAGUUGUAAAGGCGAGAGUCAGAUCUUCAAGCCCAGUACUGGUGGUGCGGAGAGGCUAGCGAAGGAGCUGUCAAUACCACUACUAGGCAAAGUCCCUCUCGACCCUCGAAUAGGUAAGAGUGCCGACUACGGCGUAAGCUUUUUGGAUGAAUAUCCGGAAAGCCCUGCGAGUAUUGCAUACAUAGACAUAAUAGAGAAGAUCAGAGAAGCACUCGGCGACGCUUAGCCAUCAAUGGUUCAUCUAUGAUCUGUAUUAUGGUUGACUAUGUAUCCACUAGAUUCUAGCCGGGGCGAUGAUGAUAACAUGUCGUGCUCGUGUACUGAUGUCUAAAUGAACUGCAUGCAAGAAUACGAUCAGCCAGCAUAAGGCCAGCGUUGAGAUGGCAAGAAAACAUGGGCAUGACAAUUAUGGUCCUGGUUUAGGUAUGGGAAUGGGUAUUUGAUCACUGUUCGUCCUCUCCACCGAAUUCGGGGACCUCGCUAACGGAUACCUCAGCGUCCGAUGCAGGCUCCGUGAUGUACUUACCGAUCGGUGCAUAUCCCUCGAGUCCGCCGGGUAGUCCUUCUCGGCUCUCGUGGAUUGAUACCGUCGAUAGGGUACGUAGUAGAUUUCGGAUCGACGCAUCGCCAAUUAUUGUCGAGGAGGCUCGAGAACGUGCAGGUACCACAUAGCCUUCUGUCUGGGUUGGGAACAUGAUGGCAUUAGUACUAGGUGGUGGAAGUCCGUCCACGGAUGAAAGCGGGCGAUGGUUGGUGAAAGGUGACUGGAAUGAGGACAUUGAGUUUUGCCGGCUGGGCAGGAUGAUGCUUGUCCGUCUGGAAUAUGUCACAACUGGAUCUGUCGGUGCUACCGAGACUGGCCGUUCUCCGAAGCACGAAAACGUAGUGGUUUCCGGUGAAAUGGUUCUUUCCCUUGCGUGCGUCAUUUCUUCGCGGGAUGGGAAAGGUUCUGUUGCCUUCUGCUCUGGUGAAGACCCUACCUUCAUCUUCUCGGGUUGCUCGUCUUCCGUGGAGGGAAGAAUGGAUGGCUUAGGAGUGACGGUGUCAUCAACUUCCGUUGUUUCCACGGCCUCUACCUUGAGCCCUCUGACCUCUGCCCUGUAGUCUUCGAUCUCAUUCCAGAGUGCUUCACGGAACUCCUGCAGCGUCUCGAGUUGCUCGAUUUGUCGCCACUUAUCAAACACUGCAUGACAAUCCGGUUCGUCGCCCUCGUCAUGGUAAGAUGCCAGCCAUGGAUGUUGCAGAGCCUCAGUGACCGAGAUUCGGGUGGCUGGAUCAAACGAUAGCAUCUUCGUCAAGAGAUCGAGCGCU